GAAGAGAGGCAAAAAGUUUCCUUCUUUAGGUCAUUCGUAAAUAUGACCAAUAAAGAUAAAAUAGUAACAUUUGACGACAUGAAGAUACUUGAAAACAAAGACGAUGUCCUCAUUAUAGAUGUACGGGAACCAAGUGAAAUACAAAAAACUGGCAAAAUUGGAGGAAGUAUCAACAUACCCUUAAACGAAUUAGAAAAGGCUUUGAAAAACAUAAAUGAAGAUGAAUUUAAAGGGAAAUAUGGAAAGCCGAAGCCCAUUGAAAGCUUUCCUUUAAUUUUUUCUUGCAUGUUGGGGGGCAGAGCUGCUAAAGCUUUAGCUUUAGCAGAAAAACUUGGUUUUAAUGAUGUUCGAUAUUAUAAAGGAAGCUGGAAAGAGUGGGAAGAAAAGUUAAAACAAAAUUAAUCAUUCACUAUUUUAACAUUUAUCUCAUACUUUUUCAUACAUAUAUUCUGUGAUUAGAACUGAACAUAUUAAAAAUGUCAAGGUCAGUCAAUUUUAACCUAUAAACUUAGAUUGUAAUUCCUAGUAUAAAGCAGUGUACAGUGUACUUCCUUGUAUAUCGUUUGAACGCAUUUUUAAUAUAUGUUAUGAUAA